AUGGUCUCAGCGUCGAGUGUCGUAUGGCGAGAAUCGCCGGAUUAUGAACAGGCUCGGAUUGGACGUGUUUUUAACAAUAGACGGCCUGAACGGUACCCUCGUGGCGUUGUACAACCGACCACGGCGGAAGAAGUGGCAGAUGCUGUGAAGCUGGCAAAUCAAUUGGGAUUGAGAGUGUCAGUUCGUUCGGGAGGUCACAGCUGGGCAGCAUGGAGUGUGAGAGACGACGCGUUGCUUAUUGAUUUGGGAGAAUUAAAGUGUCUUGAACUGAAUGAAGCGCCUGGGAUAUUGAAAGCUUCGCCAAGUACUACGGGCUGUGGUUUCUUGCUUCAAGGUGGAAUGGGCUGGAAUUGCAAAAAUUGGGGAUGGGCCUGCGAAAAAGUGCUGGCUGUUGAGGUAGUGACAGCGGAUGGAGAUAUACUUUUAUGUUCUAAAGACCAGAAUUGCGAUCUAUUCUGGGCAGCAAGGGGAGCUGGACCUGGCUUCCCUGCAAUUGUCACUGCCUUUCAUCUCAAGGUCCGAAACAGUUUUUCGAACGUUAUGAAAUCAACUUUCAUCUGGCCCUUGGAGCAAUAUAAAACUGUCCUAGAUUGGACUAUAGAUAUAGCCCCAAGAUGUGAUGAUUCAGUCGAAGUUGUUUGUCUCAGUCUUCGCCCCGACCCGGUGAAGCAGCCAGUCAUACUUGCUUGUUUUGUUGCCUUUCAAAACUCCAAGGACGACGCCAUUGCCUCCUUGAAAUUAGCCAAUGAGACUUUUCCGCCAGGGGCAAUCAUGACAUCAAUGUGUACGCCAUCGAGUCUUUCCAUUGAAUACGAAGCUCAGAAAUUAGCGAAUCCCGAAGGGCAUCGUUAUACUAGCGACAAUGCAUAUAUCAGGAACGACACAGAUGCUGCAGAAGUUCUCCGGGAUGCAUUUACUACUUUACCUGAAGAAACGAAAACAUUUGCCCUCUGGUACUCCAUGAAUCCAUGCUCUCGCCGAGAACUUCCAGACAUGGCAUUAUCCAUGCAGUCAGACCACUAUUUUGCUCUGUACACAGUAUGGGAAGAUGAGAAGGAUGAUGAAAGGUGCACAUCUUGGGUGAAAAGCGUCAUGAAAGACGUGGAGAAGCAUUCCGUGGGAGCAUACCUUGGAGACUCGGACUUCCAGAUUCGGAGAACGAGAUUUUGGGAGGACACUAAAGCCGAAAAGCUUAUGCAGCUGAGGCAAAAAUGGGACCCUCGAGGCACAGUCUGUGGAUUUCUCGAUCAAGGAGACAAAUCCGGGGUCAAUGGAUUGGAAAACAAGCAUGAGUGGCGCACCUAG